AUGGCCGCCGAUCUCUAUGGGACAUUACUUUGGGCCUUGGAUGCGCCAGGCUAUACAGCAGUCAAACAAAACGUCACCGCCGCAUCAGUCACGAGCUCACUACUUGAGCAUCCAGGCUAUCUCGUCCAGUGGUCUCGUCCAGCGAGUGAUGUCGCCGCACUAGAAGAGGAGAUGCAGGAAGUUUUGGGCGCCAAUUUAUUCAAACCCGGCUUCAACUUUACCCUGACUGGGGAGAACCAACUCGGACAGCCAGUGACGGUAUCGGCAACGCGGGCUUUCGAUGAAGACGUCGGGCCGCGCAUCUGGCUGGACAACGAGGGCCUUUCAGUAUCGAUUGAUCCGCAAGUAACUGUUGGAUUUCUGACAGGCAGGACAGUUAACAGUACACUGGAGGAACAAGGGUACGAGUGUCCCAAGGUUGACUCGGGCAACUACGGCCUCGUUUGGAACUGUACAUACAACAACCGUUACGCAAUUUCUUUCCUUGACAGCUCCGUUGUAGGCCGGCCCACUGUACACUGGGAUGACGAAAGCGACCAGCAGUUGGAGUUCACGUACCUAUCGCCCCGCCGGCAGGACAAUCCGUGGCAGUCGCUGGGAAAGGGUGGCUCUACAGCAGUCAUGAAGCAGGUCUUCACAGUCACAAAAGGCCGUACAAGACACACAUUCAUUCAAACCACAUUCAAAGUAGCUGCAGUUUCUGAUCCCGGAAUCCCGUUCUCUACUGCCGAAAUCGAGAGUCUCAUCAGAAGGACAUGGUCCGCCGAUCCAGCGGAACAACAGCAUCCAUUAAUUGCUAAAUUAGCCGGCUCGAUUGUUGGUGCGCAGCGACAAAACAAGAGCUUCAUGUUCGGAGUAAAUACCGGAACAAACGGUACCCUGGUGUCGCAGACGCUUUACGAGCUUGCAAGUCCCGAACGGUCGCCUGGAAGAAUUUCAUACUCAAUGUACAGAAUGACUCUGGUACACAUAGCCCUAAUCCGGUCCGAAAUAGACGUCCUUCCAGAACCCGUACAACCAGCUGAAGCAUGCAAUAUCUACUUUUUCAACGAAGCGCAUGGCGGGAGGCUAGACGGCACGAACCCUCGGAACUGCCUUGGUAUCAACACCGGAGUCGGAUCCGAAGGCAAAGGUCGUUUCUUCGGCCAAGUUGAUGCGUCCGCAGUAUUUCUGGCCGAUAAUCUUGGUGAUGGCACCUCCAAUCUUAGCGAUGUGGCUCUGAAUCAGCAGGGUUAUGAAUGGUUCCUCAGUCACGAAACACAGAUAGACAGUCUUCUGCUGUCACGCGGUCUGAUGCUUGGCCUUGACCCGUCACUUGUCACACUGGAGACCAGUACUAUGAAGCCAGCGAUAUCCUACCUCCAAGUCGUUCUGGUUCUUGCCGCAGUGCUGGCCUUUGCGGUGAGCUGGGCUUGUUUAUUCUUCUUUGGGGAAGGCCACUACUCAUCAUCACUGUUGGCAAAUCUGCUUGCCACUACAGCUGCGAAUCAGGCGGGCGACAGCAGGAGCCCUGGGUACGUCCACAGAGUUCCGGAGAUCAAGCUUAAAGACACUGGCGUUGCUGUUGUUAUGGCUACACCCUUCGGUAUCUUCAGGCACGACGUAUCGGGCUCGCCAUCGCCGGUACAGCUGUACCCCGCUAGCAACGAUCAUUCGAAGCACGAGGGUCAAUAUCAUUCUGCACACGAAAUCAUUCCAACGCCGAAUCCAGAGCAGAAGGCUCCACUGCUCUGGGCAAGACCCUUGGAUGUUUGA